UCGACAGUCAUCAAGUUAACAGAGUUACCUUAGGUAUUAACAGGCAAGCGACAAAAACAGCGAAAGGAAGGAGAAGAGGAAGACGAAGAAGAAGCGGAGGAGAAGAAGAAGACAUCAACAGAGACAGCGCUGCACUUCAGCCGGUGUCCCGAUAAGCUACUCAGCACUAGAGGUUUCCUCUUUGCCGAUCUCUCCAUUCUAUUCACAAGAUGGCGUCUGGCUGUCGGAUGGAAAUCCUGCCUUCUACAGACGCCCGACGUUAUCGACAGUUUCUCCUCAGCUUCCCCGUGAAAAUCAUACCCACGUGGUGCUUAGAUCGAUAACCAUGUCAACCUCUAUAGCAGCAAUCAACGUCCGCUGCCCCAGUCCACCUUCCAGACUCAAGUGAAAGACAAGCUCAGCAAUGAAACCCCAGUGGUGGUGGUAACGACGUCGUCGAAGAAGGGGGUACAAGCAUCGCACGUGGAUGGUUUAAAUAUCCUCAAAAUACCACUGAAGUGGGGAGGGCACGAUAUAACCAUUAAGGAGAGGGACAAUUUGAUGGGUUAAAAGGGUAAAAGUGGGGCUCAAACCAAAGUGUUCAACCAUUCGUUGUGUUAUAGCGUUGAAAGUCACUACGAGUGGUACACCAAAGUGUUCCUCAGAACAGUUUUCGCUAUGGCGUGUAUAGGGUCGAGUAGGCUGUGUGCACGGGUUGAGAAAUUGUGCCAACAAUCGGUUAAAUUUAUCCAUUUCAAGAGGAGAUUUACCACUGACUGUGUUAAGUUUCAUCAGGAUAAUCAACCGUCUUUCAACCAGUUUUUGCAACAAUGUAAACAACAAUAUCCAUCUCGUGUAGAGAGAAUGGGAAAAUGUCGAUCGAUAAGUUCAAUGCAGACACAACAGCCCGGUUCCCUUCCCGAACUCCACAUAGACCCUUACCGACUUCUCGAGGACGAUCUCAAGGACGUCUACGAUGAUAUACGACAGGAACUGAUCAUGAACACCAAUGUUGAAGAGCUGAAGACAAUCGCAACGUACUACUUCGAUGGACAGGGAAAGGCGCUUCGGCCGAUGGUUGCUAUACUCAUGGCGCGAGCUAUCAAUUACCACAAGGAAAGAAACGGCCUCUUAGCGAAACAACGACAGGUAGCAAUGAUUGCUGAGAUGAUACACAGUGCUUCCCUGAUUCACGAUGACGUCAUAGAUCAGUCCGACUUCCGCCGUGGAAAACCUUCUGUCAACGUUUUAUGGAGUCAAAAAAAGGUGGCAAUGAGUGGUGAUUAUAUUCUCGCAGUGGCCUCGAUGAUGAUAGCACGGCUGAGGAGCGACGAUGUCACAUUAACCCUCAGUCAGGUUAUUACAGAUUUAGUGCAAGGUGAAUUCAUGCAGUUGGGAUCAAAAGAAACUGAGAAUGAGAGAUUUGCACACUACCUCACGAAGACGUACAGGAAAACUGCGAGUCUUAUUGCUAAUUCUGCCAAAGCUACUGCAAUUUUGGCGGGGGCAGACGAGAGAUUAGCGGAACUUGCUUUCCAGUAUGGCAGAAACAUUGGUUUAGCAUUUCAGCUAGUCGAUGAUCUCCUCGACUUCGUUUCCUCAUCCUCCACGAUGGGCAAGCCCACAGCAGCUGACCUCAAGCUCGGUCUGGCUACAGCACCAGUUCUCUUCGCGUGUGAAAGAUAUCCAGAGUUAAAUCCCAUGAUAAUGCGCCGUUUCCAAGAGCCUGGAGACGUUGAAAAAGCAUUUGAACUGGUUCACGAGUCACAAGGUCUCGAUCAAACGAGAUUCUUAGCGAAGAAACACUGUAUCGAGGCUGUACGUCUUGCUCAAUCACUUGCUGAGAGUCCAUACUCGAAGGGACUCGUUGUCGUCAGUGACCUGGUACUCAAUCGCAUGAAAUAGUCCAUCACUCUUUUUUUUAUAUCGACGUAAAGUAGAUAACAAUACCUGACAUGUGAAUAAGUGAAGUUUUUUUGAUCGAUUGAAUCGUUUAUAACAUUUUUGUUCUCAUGAAUGACUGAAAGGAGUGAAUGCAAUUUAUUAUUUUCUGGGAAGUGCUGAAACGUAACAAAUGGAAAUUUUCAUUUCAUUAUCACUCCAAGCUUUCCAUAUCGAAUUUUCGGAAAUAUCUCAGAUUGUGAGGAGAAAGAAUUGCAUAUUUGAAUAUUUUUUUAGUUCAAUCUUUUCUGUAUGAAUAGAUUUUUCGAGAAAUGCGGAAAUUCUUCUUAAAUUCUGAGAUAGUUAUGGGUUUAUGCACAAAUUGAAGUUUAAUGACGAUGGAAUAAUUAAAAAAUAUCUCCGUUUAUAUAUUUCUUUUGAGAAUUUGGCUUAUUCAUUUUUCCAAAUACCGUUGCACUCUAGUUUUCGCCUUUUGUUGAAAGAACUGAAGGAACAAAAAGAUGGGUAUUUGACUUAACAAAAUUCCACGUUAAAGAUUCAGCAAGAUACAUUGUAUCGAAAAAAGGGAUUCACUCAAUUUUUGUGUAAGAUAUUUAACAUUGAACAUUUUUCUUGAACACAAGCAAUCGAUAGGACCGGGAUUUUCUGAACAGGUUCGACCAUAAGUGAGUAGAAGCCCAAUAGAAUUUUCUAGCGAAUUAAAAAAAAGGUGAAAAUCAUUCUCUGUUACAUUUCAACAUUUCGCACACUGACUUAAGUUCAUUAAACUUAACAAUUUUUUGUUUGUGUUCAUAGGAAAUGAAAGAGUGAGAUUGAGAUUACCCUGAUGGCGGGUAUUUUGUAGAAUUAAUUUUAAUACAGUCAAUGCAUCAAUUAGAAACCGGUUUUUGGAGAUGAUUCGGCGUUAAAAACGGAUAAAGUUUCAAUUGGUGUUGAAAUAUUUUCAGCACCGUUAUGAUAUGAAAUUCUUUUACCUAGAGAAAUUUUCUUCCAGUUUUAGAAAUUUUGGGAUGGAUUGUGCAGUGAACUACGACAGGGAUAUGGGUUUAUUUUUCUCUGACGUCAGAUUUUGGAAUAUAUCUUUGAAUCUAUGGGAUAUAUUGAAAUUAUGAUGAAAACUUUCUCCGUAGCUUUCGUUUUUCAUAAAUAAAAUUCCACUGUCUCCUCCAGAUCUGAGAAUAUUUACUAAAAAUUGACGUCAAAGGGGAAUCGGAUAAUUUUAUUUCAAAUUCUUUCAUAUUAAUAUUAAUAUUUAGCGAAUAAUGCGAUCUAGAGAAAGCUUUAUUGAUUGAAAACCGAGUACAGAAAGUUGUAGUUGUGACAAUUUCAGGCAUUGCAAUACCUUAACGAUACUUUUAUCCUCAUCCAGACCUUUGUUUAUUUAAUUAGAUGAAUUUUCUAGAGGGUUAAUAAACGUAUAGAUCACGAGGAACUGAAGAACACAGAUAUUUUAAAAGAAUAUAGUUGAAGGGAUCACUGACCUUUCAUUCAUACUAUUACUAAAAAGGAACCGGAGUUUUGUAAAUAAAAAAAAUAAUUGUUAUGAAUCAUCUCCACGAGAUUCUUCAGUUUGAAUAGAUAUUCUUCGGAGUAUCAGCCAAAGAGAGUGUAGAACAUUUUUAUUUCUCUACUCGGAUUUAAUCUGAAGAGCUAUAAUUCAGAGUAAUUGAGUUGGUAAAACUAACUAAUUCGAUUCAGGUUUUACAUGAAUGUUUUUAUUGGUGAGUAUGAAAAUUAGGGAAACGUUAUUAGACACGAUUUUUCGUCACUUUCAUGAAUAAUGAAAAGUUUAUAAGUAACACACAAUUAACAAUCUCUAUAUUAUGAGGGCAUGAUUGAUUAAUUUUCUGUGAGCUCAUGAUUUUCCAAUUUUUCACAACAAUAAGAGUACGUAUUGAGUAUUAUUCAUGCAAUCUUGAUAACGAGUGAUUUUGGAUAAAUAGUUUAUUGCGUAAUAAGUAAUAAGUACUGUUUUGAGCUACGAAGAAUGUUACAGGAUAUUUUUCCCUGAAACCAUUCGUUAUCGAAAUAAUUCGAUAUUCAAUAAAUCAAGUCAUGUUUAAGCCCUACUCCACUUCUAAAUCAGCAGUUUGAAAGUAUCGUGGAGUUGGAUGAAGGCAAAAUAUAUUAAUGUACCUUUUUUGAGAAAAGCGAGAAUUCAAAAAUAUUUUCCAAUUACUGCGUAUCUCCCUUCAAUCCCUAGGUAUUGAAAAAAAACUGGUUCAGAAGAAAAGUCAACUUUUUAUUUUGCCCGUACUCUAGUGGAUUUCCUUCCUUCAUUGGAAUGAAGCACAGUAUAUUUUCAUAGAAAUAAAAAUAAUCCAGAAUUUAAACGAGUGGAAUAAAUGUAACAAAUGAGAUCAAACCAUUUAUAGAUUAAUGAGUUUAUUAAAUACACUGCUCAAAUUGUUAAUCGUUUAGAUAAAAUAUAAUGCAGUAAAUAAUAUAAUAACUUAUAUUCAUGACACAAAUUAAUGUAUAUAUAUUAAUUAUAUGUAGUAUCUCACAACCUAGAAUUUUAUAUUUAUAAGAGUGAAAUUGUUAUUGAUGGCAUACGAAAUGAAACCAUUGUAAUUGAGAGGAAAUAUUAUUGUUUAACAAUGGAACAUUGGAGUUUAUGAAUUUACGAGGAAAAAUAACGUUGAUAAUGAAAGAAUCUUUAGUACAACAGAGAUUAAUUCAGUAAUUUCGUCCGGAGUCAAACUUUCUGAUGAUUAUUGCACUGUUGGACACAGGGGAGUCAAUUGCAUGUACUUUCUCUUGUAAAUAAUAAUUUAGGCAGUCCCAAAAGGCCACUACGCCUUUCCUUGGUGUGGGUCUACUUAGAUUUUCAUAAUUAUUUCAAUGAUACAGUUUUUUUCUUUGUCUUGUUUUUGGGGAUAAACUAAAUUCAUAUUGUAUGAGUAUUUUUAUAAUAUAAAAACUAAAAUCAAAAA